UGCUGCAUCAACUGCAUGCACAUUCUACCGAACCUGAAGCGGCUGGAGCAUAUGUACCCGAUCGAGGAGGGGCUGACCGUGAUCGGGGUGCACAGCGCGAAGUUCCGCAACGAGAAGGACUCCAACAACAUCCGCGCUGCGGUCGAGCGAUAUGAAAUUUCACACCCCGUCGUGAACGACAAUGUGUCGGCAAUGUGGCGCAAACUGCGGGUCCAGUGUUGGCCCACGCUGAUGAUCCUCGGGCCGCGUGCCAACCCACUGUUCGUGAUAAUGGGCGAGGGAAACUUCGAGGAUCUUAAGCUGUACAUCAGCAGUGCGAUUCGGUUCUACAAGGAUAAGGGUGAAAUUCAGCGCCACUCGCUACCGAUCAAUCUGUCGCAAACGGCGGCGAUGGCGUCCAACAUGAAGUUCCCCGGCAAAAUCGCCCGUUCGGUGACUUCCGAUGGCAGCGAGGAUCAGCUUUAUGCCGUAUCGGAUUCGGGCAACCAUCGAAUACUCAUCAUUGACGCUGCUGGCAGCGUGCUGCAUAAGAUUGGUGGCAAGCAGAGCGGAUUCGUUGAUGGCAACUUCGCAAAGGCUCGCUUCAAUGCGCCACAAGGCGUCGCGUUUCAGGGAUCGGAUGUGGUGUUCGUAGCGGACAACGAAAACCACGCUAUCCGGAGGAUUGAUCUGAAGACGCGAUCCGUCAGCACCGUCGCAGGGAAUGGAACUCAGGGCAACGAUCGUACGGGUGGCAAGGGAGGACGCGAACAGUUACUGUCCUCACCGUGGGACGUGGCGGUAUAUUCGACACGGGAUUUGGAUAUGUCCUUCCACGCUGACGAUUCGAGAGCACCGUCGAAGGACGUGUUGCUGGUGGCUAUGGCAGGGAUUCACCAGAUUUGGGCCGUCUUUCUGGAGGACACGAUCUGGUGGAAACUUAAGAAAUACAGUGCCGGCACGUGCUGGGCGAUUGCGGGAAGCGGUCACGAGCAAAAUCGCAACACUUCGUACCCGCACAGUGCCGCCUUUGCGCAACCUUCGGGACUCGCAAUCAACCGUGAAGCAAAAGAGAUGUAUCUGGCGGACAGCGAGAGUUCGGCGAUCAGAAAAAUCUCGCUCCACGAUGGAAAGGUUAUGGCCGUUGCCGGUGGAGAUCGUAACCCUCUGGACCUCUUUGCGUUUGGAGAUGUGGAUGGGAAGCAGUACGCGGCCAAGUUUCAGCAUCCGCUAGGUGUCGCGUACAAUUCGCAGGACGGUUGCGUUUACCUUGCUGAUACGUACAAUCACAAGAUAAAGAAAAUCGACGUCAGCACGAACAGCGCAACGACGUGCGAGUUUCGGGAGGCAAAUGGGGCAAUCAAGCGCUUUAACGAACCGGCAGGUCUCUGUUUCGAUGCUUCCGGCCAGCUGUUGUACAUCGCCGACACCAACAACCACGAGCUUCUGGUUGCUAAUCUCGCCGACGGCAGCAUCCGUCCGUUGAAGCUUAACUUCCGCGUACCGGAAGAGCUCGACAGUACGCUGGACGGCGGCAAACCAACCACCAUCACUCUUAAACCGGCCCAUCCGAUCAAGCUACCCUCCGGUGCUUCCAGCAGUUCACUAUGUGUGACGCUUAAUCUAAACUUCCUCGAACCGACUACCAAGCUUACGGAUGGUGCUCCGCAACGCUGGUCCCUUGAACUACCCUCGACGGAGUGGCACUGCGAACCUAAAAACGGUACGGUUGAUGGUUCUUCCCUUGAGCUACGUAUAACAUCCCCGGAACGGGUAAUAUCCCCAUCGAAUGAGAAUGGAAACAACGACGAAGACGACCAGAUAAUGGUCAACUUUAAGCUAAACCUCUGCGAAGGAGACAUCUGUUUUCCGAAGGAAUUCAGCGUCCAGUUAGAACUCCGGUACGGUUCUGUCGAGGGUUUUGUAACCGGAGAUCACUAUGACGCACAGGAAACGUACGAGCUGCAAUUAUCGCGAGCAAAAGUACAGCUACACCAAGUCUAGUACCAACGCGCACUCACAGAAACUCACGAUCAUGAACGCAUUUUAGUGUUAUAUAUAAAUACGCAUUAUUGUUUUUUAACCGCUAACACAGCAUCGCUGUUGGUUGACGCUAGCGAUUUGUUACUUCUUUUAGAAUCCGUUGUUAGUUUGUGCUUUUUGAUUUGGAUCUGUCGCCGAAUCAGCAAUACUACUCUACUUUAGGCAGACAUUUUACCGUCGCUUGCAUACAUAUCUCCCGUUCCUGUCGCAUCCCACAGGAUGCGGUGACGAGAAUGAGGCGCGUUCCUUUUUACGAACGACAAUCCUCAAGAGCAGUCACGUUUUUAAUCAUUUUA